AUGCCUGCCUUAGUGUAUCUGCACCCAAAUAAAACCACGGCAGAAAAAGAUCGUAAAGGUGUCAGUAAACUUAAUCCCCAGGCAAGAGCGCGAAUUAUUAACUUCCUGGUUCAUUGCCAGUGUAAGUUGCCCCAUCCGCCAUCUCCGUUUACUCUACAUGUUAGCGUCUCAUGUUUCGACAGAUUCUGCGGCUUGACCCUGAGAAAGGGGGAUAAGGAUGCGCGAUCUAAGAUCCUAGAAAGCCUAUCUGCUGUAGCUGCGGCUUGCUUUCAUCUUGCAUCGAAAAUCGAGGACGUCUGGCCGUUGGACCCCGCAGAUCUUUCCCUUUCUGCAUCAGGGGCGUUCAGCGUGUGCGAUAUCUUGCUUUGGGAAAGAAGGAUUUGCCACGUGCUCGACUUCAAGAUAUCAGUUCCGACGCCGUUCGACUACUUACUCCAAUAUCUGAAAAUGAUUGAACAAGAUGAGAAGCGAGCGCGGCUCAAGUCCAAGGUUUGCUCAAAAUGUCAAGGACCGGUUCCUGUGUCCAAGGCGCAUUCAUCAACGGAACAAACACAGCGUACAGGACAACUCAAUAAUGAGACAAAUGAACUAAGCAGCGAUGAGCGGCAACAGAACAGUGACGACCAGCCGAACACAGAUGAGAAACAAAGCACAGACAGGAACGAGACGGACAGGAGGGAAAGAGACAGGAACGAGACGGACGGGAAAGAGAAUGUUCAUGAACAGCAGAAUAACAAAAGUAAGACCAGCUCAAUGCAAGAAACGUCGACCGUCAACGGGCGGGCAUCCACGGCAGGUAAAACAUGCCGCUCGAGUCUGACCGGGGCGAACUCUCCGAGAAUCAUCUCGGGCCCCCCUGUGGUACUGAGCAACGGGCAGACCCGUGGUCGACACUCUGAAUCACUCUUCCGCUUGUUGGCCGACCAGUGGAAGCGGCCCAAGUCGUGUUUUGAGGCGUGUGUCGUGUUCUUGCUGGAGCUGGCCAUUGUGCACCCGAUUUCGACGCAAAUUGGGUACGACGUGCUGGCCGCUAGCACGAUCGUAAUGGUCCUGAAUGUGCUGACGGACGCCGCGGCAGUCACGCUACCCGAUGAAAUUAUGUCGAAGGCGGACGCUAUGGCCUCGCUGGUAUCGGUCUAUAAGGAGUAUAUCAUGGCUCAGGAAGAAGUCGAGCGCCGUCUCCGACAAAAGUGUGAAACGGUGGCGGCCAUUGUGGUGCCGGUGGACGCCGUGGACGACGACGAGAGCGAACUGGACCCUGGUGGACCUGGAGGUUCAGGAGCAACCGGAACUGGUAAGAAGGAGCGGAAGGAUCUGAGACAACGAGAUACGGCUGGAGACGAGAACGCGCCCCCUGGUCCGCGAGCCUCUGUGAAGGGCGCCAAGUCGGCGGCGAAACCCGGCACGGCGGCUCACUACAAGGGACUCCUGGCCGAGCCGAACGCCGCUUUGAGGAGGACGCGACUCACAGCGUACAUCAUCAACCGGGGGGACGCCUGUGGCCUGAACAUUUCGCCGCAGCUGGCCCGACGGACGGCGGAGCUAAUCCUGGGGGGCGGGGAGUGGGCCAAGCUCGACACCACCCCGGAUCUGCAGCCGGUCACCGUUGAGUCGCACCUGCCCCUCGGGGUGUUUGGAGCAGAUGUGGCUGACAAGCAUGAGGACGCGGCGGUGUUUUUCCGGUCGCGGUUCCGGUCGUGGUUGUCGAAGCACAUUGAGUGUCGGACACCACCGGGAGCGAGUGCGAAAGCGGCUCUCCUGUGUUUCUGUUUGGUCGGCGGUGCACCGCCACCGGUGACUGGUCCUGGACAGUACUCGCGAGACGUGUAUCAGGACGCGGUCCAACCGUACAAGAGAUUCCCUUCCGAGAAAGCGCAGCACGGAGUAGCCUACUCCCAGCAGGCAGAACGACUGAUCGACAACCCGCGCCUGCCCAAGGGCCAAGUGGACGGCCGCGCCUGGGCGGUGCCCAAGUUUGAGGACCCAAAGAACGACCACCCAACGACCGACCCAAAGAAUGACGCGAAAAUUGAAGAGCACGACGCGGAGGCGGAAACCAAGGGUCUCACGGUACCAGAGCCUUCGCCGGCCGCGCUGCCGCUCGCUGACGUGACUUCAAUCGACGAAGCCACCUCCUCACUCGAUGCGCCACUCGGUGACGACAUAGACAGCGAGGAGCCCGCUCCCCAACCCGAGUCCACAAACCCGUCCCCGGAGGAGUCAAAACCCGUCGGCUCGCUUGUAGACGUGUUCAAUAAAUGGGGCUCUAACUUUGGCUUUGAAGUUGUCGCCGACAUUUCGGACGGCGAAGAGUCCUGGGGAAUCCAGACGAUUGUGGAAGAGGUGCCUUCACGAUCCCUCUAUGACUCCAUUGGAUCAAUUUUUAACUACCUUUUGUCCUAA